GACUACAUCUUUUUUGAACCUCGAACCUGGACUGGUCUGGACCCCAGGACCUCCAGUCUGACCCUUGACCUAACUAUAUUCUGGCCUGGCAUCAUUUUCAACUCCUGUUUUGUUCCCUUAAACUCAAUCCUGACUCCAAACCCCAUUCAGAGCUGUUCUCGAGAUCCUUGCUUGACCCCAGAUCCUUGCCUGACCCUGUUCCAUCUCUGAAGCUCAUCUUGCUUUGUUUUGAUCACCCCAGUUUCUGUCCUGAUGUUUGAUCUGUGCCCUAAACUCAUAUCCAGUCUCUGAACUCCUUCCAGUUCUUUCCUAUCCUCUGAACGCUAGCCCAAUCCCGGUCCGUCCAGAUUCCCGACCUCUGACUUCUGUACUUUCUCCCCACUCUGAACUGUCCCCCUGGUCCCUCUCCUGACCUGGCUCAUCACCUGUAGACCAUCUCCCUGUCUCCUGUCCUGUCCCUGCCCAAUCCUGUGCUGUGUUCCCCUGUCUUCUCUUGUCCCAUCCCUGUCCUCAUUCCUAGCCUCAUUUUGUCUCAGUCUUUUCCUGUUCCUUACCUCCACUUCGAACCUUCCCUUUUUCCUAUCCCUUCCUUUGACCACUGUCUUGGCCUGUCCCCCAUCAUGUCUUCUAAUUACUGUUCUGUACUGACCCUGGCCCCUGCCCUGCUCUAUUGUCCCUUGCUGACCCCUUCUUUUUCUCUAACCCUUGUCCUGAACCUUACUCCAUUCCAUCUCCUGGCCAGUGUCCCGGCUCAUCUGUCCUGCCUUCCGACCUCCAUCCUACAAUGACUCUGAUUUAUUUUGUCCCAUACACUCCUUCUUGUCCUGUCCCUUCAUCCCAUCCCAACUCCAGGCCUUUGUUCUACCCCUUGCCGGCCUCUCCACCCUAUUCAGAUCUCCCUCCUUCCUGACACCCACUUUUCAUCUCCUCUGUGUCAGGACAGGGGUCACAUUAUACCCUGCCUCUGAACUUGAGGUUCUACUGUUCAUACUAUUUCUGAAGUUCAUCCCAAAUGCUUCUCUUAUCAUGAACAAGAACAAGCACCCUUGUAGGGCCCUGUGUGGCUGAGGUGCUUUUCAUAUGUGAUUUCCCCCACCCUCACCCAGUGAUCUCACACAGAGCUUGCAUUUCUCUCCCUGCCCUAAGAAGGCAUAGAACUGCACCUAUGCCUCCCACCCACCCCAGUGUGGGAGAGCAUUCUAAAUUAUUCAGUGCCUCUCUGGGAGUCUGCAAAGUCUGGGUUGUGUUUCCAGCCUUGCUGAGUUAGGGGCUGCCCCAUGGGUGGAUGACCAAAUAUGUGGAGGUGGGAGACUCAAAGGUAUGUGUGACUCUUCUAGGUCGUGUCACCCCAUCUCCUGGUCUUGAUCCUGGGUGCAUGAUCCCUUCUUUUCUGGCCUGAAAAAAAGUCCAUUCUAGGCCAGAGACUUCAGGGCUUGGUAGGGGUGGGUUGGGGGCAGGGGCUUAUUGCCUCUUCUCUCAGCAGUAAGCAGUACAAACCUAGUGCUAAAUCCAUCCAACCUCUGUGGGGCAGGUCAGAGGGAACAGCUGCUGGGCGUUAGAAUCAGGCCCAUCCAGUAGUAACGAUAAUAGAACAAUAAUAAUAGUAUGAGGUUCCUUUGCUGUCUGAAUCUCCUUGAUUGUGAGGACAGUCAGGGAGAAUUUGGAGAGCAAGGAGGUAAUGUGUUAUUCAGUUAUGUUUUGUUCCUGCAUUUCUCAUAGGGAGUAGUGAGAGUUUGAGGAACAAACUACUAGACCCAUCUCAUUUACCUAAACAUUUAUCCAAACCUACUAAUAACAACACAAGCAUCCCUCAUUGUUCCAAUCUAUUUAGUACCUGAGUUCUGAGAGGGAGAGUUUGGAUAGUUCAGACAAUGAAAAGAUUUCAAGUUAUCUGAAAGUAUUUUGUUUUUGCAUAUAUGUAUAUAAGAUUUUCUGGCAGCUCUUUUGUUCUUCCUCUUUUUCACAGAGAUCCAGUGGUGUGUUGAUAAACUGGCUUUCAAAAACAAAUGUUUGUGUGUUUUACAUAUGAGUGGAGAGAGUUCAGAUAAUGAAGGAUAACGGCUCUAACUCAAAAGCCUAUUCAUGUCUUUUAAUUUUCCUGAGCUUCGGUGCCAAGAAUUAGGAUAGCAAGAGUACUGUGUUGUGUAAAUAUAUUUGGUUCCUGCAUUUUUUAUGUUGAGUAGGGAGAGCUUGGAUAAUGAAGGAAAACAGCUCUGUUUCAAAUAUGUCUGGUUUGGCGAGUAGGGAGAGUUCUGGGUCUGGGUGGUGAGUAGGGAUGUUUCCAGGUUUGUGUAGCAAGUAGGGAGGGUUUGGAGGCUGAGGGAUACCAGCUCUAUCUCAGAAAUUCACCUAAAUAUAUUUAGUUCCUGAUUUGGAUAGUGAGAUGACACUUCAGACAAGUUAUUUGAAGGAAAACAGCUCUGUUUCAAAUGUAUAAGGUGAGGCUGAGGGAUACCAGCUCUGUGUGUCUCUGUCCUGUCUCUCUCUAAAUUUUAUACACACACACAUCUACAUGUAUAUAUAUUUGUUUCCUGACAGUACAUGUUGAGCGCUUAGCGUGGGCCAGGCACUGUCCUAAGCAAAUUUUAGAUUAACUCAUGUCAUCCUCACAACAACCCUGUGAGGUACAUAUGGUUAUCAUCACUCCUACUUUAAAGACGAGGACACUGAGGCCCAGAGAGGUUAAGGGACUUGUGCAAGCAGUCACACAGCCUGUAAGUAGCAGAGCUGGGUUGAAUCGCAGACCCACCACUUAUUAUCCCUCCAUGAAGCCACCUGAGGCUCUGGUCCUGGCCACAGUGGGGCUUAGAGGUUGGCCAGCUUCCAGGCUGGUAGAAAUCAUGGACCAGGGCAAUGACGUGUGGUGGGUAACUCUGCCCUGCCUGUCUGCCUGGCCCAAAAGGCCCAGUUACCUGCUCUCUCCUUACCCUCAUACCAGCCCACCUCUGUGUGAAGUUAUUAUUGUUAUUGACAGUCAUUAAUGACAUGGUAUGAGUAUCCUUGCACUGUGAAAUACCCUCCAAAGUGACUUUGGCCUGCCUCUCUUGGCUCCGUAAACACCAGUUAUCCAUUUUUCAGAUGAGAAAACCUAAGCCUUAAGACUCAAUCUGCAUUGCCAGCCAGAUACUCUUGACCCUCUUGGCUCUGAUUCUAUAAACAUUCUUCUUCCCAACAUCCUUGGUGUCCCACAAGAGGUGGGAGAGGCCAUGGCUGAGAGAACACUCCCCACCAAUAUCCAGCUGCCCACCUUAUGGCCGCCAUCUCCACCAGCCCCAGGAAGUAAAGGGGGAGAGAAGUGGGGAUAAAAGAGGCCUUUGUGUUCCAUGCUAGAAAUCUCAUAUCCAGGAAGAAAGGUGGGCAGGGUGGCAGGAGGCACAUAUAUAGGGUGUUGCUGAUACAGAGUGAGCUGCUCUCCAGGCUUGGUCCACUUGCCAAGCAGGCAGGGAGUUUGUCUCACUCUGCCCUUUCACCUCAUAGUUUGGGCUGCUGCAGGGGCCUGGACUGUGCUUGGGCCCUGAGGUUACAGAGCAGAUGGUCCCAAAUGAAGCACAGGAUAUGUGGUGUGUGCCGGGGCAAGCUCAGAGCCUAGGUGGUGUUGUGGGGUAAGCAGUACAUCUAGGGACUCAGAGCCCUCAAUUUCUUUGACUCUUGGCCAGAAAUGCCUGAGGGGGAGGAAUGGGGAAGGCAGAGCAGCAUGGAUGUGAAAGUGCAUGAGUCCCCCUUUCCCACUCCUCCCUUGCAGGAAUAGCCUCUGUCAGCCUCCAACCCAGGACCCAGCCCCCCACCCCCUGCCCCAAGAUCUGAUCCUACCUGCUCUUAUGCUUCUGUAAUCAGAAUCAGGCCUCUUCACCUCUCCGUGCCCCAGCUUCCACAUCUACAAGCUGGAUAUGAGGAGCUGGGUCAGCGCCAUCCACACAGGUUUGUAGGGACCAGAGGGGUUAAACCACGUGUGUGUUUUGUGGGUUUGUUGGGAUGAUUUCUCUUGGAGCUGCAGAAGGUUGUAGGAUCUUGGGACCUGGUCUCUCCUUAGAAAAGCUGACCUCUUCUUGGGAAACUAUUACCCCAGUGAGGGUGGGUAUUACCUAAAGACCUUCUCCCACUCCUGCCUUGCCCUGGGAGGAAAAGGUUAGGGCUUCAGGAAUGUGACGUGAACUGCCAAGAGACAUACACCCCAAGGCCUCCCCCGUGCUUAGCACCUGUCCAGACCUCCAUCCCAGAGCUCCCAGAUAAUACCCUGAGGUGAGCAGGGUCUGAUCUGGGACCUUGGGCAGCACCAGAGGCAGCCGCCACUUCUACCACCCUUAGCCCUCCUUCUCCAGUUCUCUGUUGGAUGUAUGGGGUGAGAGGAGAGGUCCAGGCUCUUGGCCUUGCUGGACACCCUGAGGGGACCUGGCCCAAGACUGCCCCUAAGGGUGACCUGAACCUUAGUGGCAGGCAGGCAAGAGUUAAAAGGUAUGGGCCAGCCCAGUCCCUGGCCAGGUAGGCUGGGCCAUUGCCUAGUGGGAGGCGGCCUUGGCUUCUGCUACUGUGUUCAUUGCUCACUGCUCACUGCACUACCAGCCUGCCACUACCAGCCGAAGUCAGGCCUGGUCAAGACAACUAUUUUUUUCAGGUACCUGAGACCACCCCACAGUACCCAUCUGGUAUUGGUGAGCACCUGGGAACAUGGGCCCAGGGGCAGGGGAGGACGGUAUGGGGUGUACUAACAUUCCAUGCAGAUAAGAGCCAGGGCUGUGCAAGAAGACAGCAAGGAAGGAGGGCCUGAGUAGAUGGGUGAAGCCCAAAAUGUCCAAUUUCCUUUCCUGGCAUGAAGCCGAUCCCUUGCUGGAAAUGGAGGAAGGGAAGAGAUCAGGGAGGAGAGAAGCCAGAGUCCCCCUUCUCUAGUCCCCCACUUCCUCUUCCCCCCUUUUCCCUUGUGGGAGUAGCCUCUACCCUCCCUUAACCUGGGGCCCAGCCCCUCAGGAAAGCCCAGACUGGCUGAUUGAGAAACUACUUCCUGGCACCUGCCUGCCUGCCCCCCUAUCUGUUCACCUAGAGUGGGGCAGGGGGCCCUUAGGGCAGUGUGGACAGUCCAGACACUGGGAGUUUGUAUUUGCUCCCACAGUAGCAGGAUAUAGAAAUGAGGGUCCCACUGAAUGUGCUGGGGUACCACCCAGAUGAGGUAUCUUGGUUGUAAACAGUCAUUACAGCCAGGAAUUUCUUUCUCAGCUGUGGUGUCAGAAGGGCAGACCUGAAAAACCUGCUGGGCCUGCCUCUGGGUGUGGGGGUGCCCUCUGCAGCUCUCAUGCUGCAGCCCAUCCUGGGACAGGAUAGAGUCACCAGUGGGAAGCCCCAGGGGCUGGUGUGAGAGGGUGUUGGGGAGGGGGCUGCUGGGACCCCCUUCUCAUCACUGGGUGGGCAUGGGGCAGUCCUGGGCUCCAAGGCAAGUGUGCUGAGAGCAGGAUUGCAGAGGCAGAGGUUUGGGAGCCAGGUGUGGGGGUAUGGGGCGUGAACCCUGUGUCUAGCCUGCCCAUUGACCCCAUGACUCAGGCUCUAGUUAUGUCCCUGAGGUCAGGUUGACAGGGUGGAUUCAGGGUUCCUUUCCGGACCCUAUGUCGACUUCCAAGAUGCCGUGAGCUCCCAGGGAAAGAAGGCUAGAGGCAGCCCAGUGUCAGAUGCAGGGCCGAUCCUGGUGAACAGGUCCACCGAGGAAGAGUAGAGUUUCCUGUUGGGGUGGAGGAAGAUUUAGGGGAACCCUGGGAGAAUUCCUCAACCCCAACUAUGGGCUGGGGAAGAAGAACCCCCAGAAGCCAAGGGGCAGAGGAGGCCGAGGUAGGACCUCAAGGAAACUCCACUGUGCUGGGCAUUGUCAGACCUCUGAGGAUGGGUGUGUGUGUGCCUCUGCAAAGCACAUGUCGCUGCCUGGGUGUGCAAAGGGGCUUUAGGGACUUACCUCCGUCUCUAAUGUUGAGAACAGAGAAUCACUGAAGGGAUACAUUUCCUAUUGAGUGGUAGGAGAACUGCUGAGGAACUGGUAGCACCAUAUUAGCAGCUUGGCCACAUCCCCCAAUGUAUGGGUGUGGAAGGGAUUUGAACCCACGCCUCCUCAGUUGCCUAGGUCUUCUCCAUACCUGGCUACCAUGUCGUGACAAGUUGGGGAAUUCCAGGUAGGUGGGGAUGGGACCUCUGUGGCCUCAUGAGGCCCUCCCAGCUGCCUGUCACUGAGGUCAGGCCAGGUGGUGGGAGGUGAUGUUACCUGGCUGCCCAGCUGGGAACUGAGCAGGAUGUGGGAGGGAGGGAGCAAAUUCCAGAGGAGGGGAUGAGGGCAGGGCUGGCAACCAGCCAAGGCAGGCUCCAUGGCCAGCUCAGGGGCAGAGAAAAGAGGCAGGAGGCAAUCAGCUUGUUAUCUGCAGUUGUGGACUUUACUGUUCAUAGUCCCAGCAGGGUGACUUCCCUAUGCUGGGUGCAGGAUAGGCUGGGGUGGGCAGAGGGGCUAGAGGGGUCCUGGAGCCAAGUGGACACUACCUGUCACACCAGGGCUACAUGAUAGAGUUGAGACAAGUAACGACCCACAAAUUGGAGCUUGAUCUCUGGGUUGGCUGCCUUGUCAUUCUUUCAUUCACCUAGCAUUCACUGAGCACUUGUUGUGCAUGCAGAAGUGUUCUGAGUGCCAGAGAUACUGAUGAAAACAGGACAGACAUGUUUCCUGUCCUCAUGAAUAUACGAGGGAGGCAUAGUCUCUCAUUGGACAGCAGUUGUGAGGAGAAGUAAUGCGGUAGCCCACCUCUAGAAGUGACGUUGAGGCUCCAGCAUGUAAGUGAGAACCAGGAGCUGGAAUGGUGAGAAGUGAAAAGAGCACGCCGGGCAGCAGCCUGGGCAAAGGCACUGAGGCCCUAUGGGCAUUGAGCUUAUGAGGAAUUGGUGAGGUUGGAGCAGCUCUAGUGAGGGAGAGUGUUAGACCAGAAGGGUGGGCCUGGGCUCUAUCCUUAGCUGUGGGCAAGUUAUUUCACUUCUCUGUGCCUUAUUCUCCUCAUCUCUAAACUGGGAGUAAUGUUAAUCACAGAACCACUGUCACAGUGUGUUUGUGAAGAUUAAGAAUAGAGGGUAACUAUUCCAGGCACCCAGGUACUUAAUAAAUGCUCAUUGUUAUAGUUGGUUGAAUCUGUGCCAUUAAUUUUCUCUCCCCAGGUGAGAUUCCUGACUGGCUCAUGGGCCUCUGAGGAGGCAUCGUAAGUCCAACCAGCACCCUACUUGCUGUGUUCCCACUCAAUGGGAAGGGAACCAAGGCCUUGUCCCGCCAUCAGCUGCAGCCUCUCAACAGCACCAGGAUGGAAGUCAAAGGUCAGCUGAUCAGCUCUCCCACCUUCAAUGCCUCAGCUACCCUGUUCGGAGAAGCCGCCCCCCAGGUGAAGUCAGAGCGUCUGAGGGGGCUGCUUGACCGGCAGCGGGCUCUGCAGGAGGCCCUGAGCCUGAAACUUCAGGAGCUACGCAAAGUGUGUCUCCAGGAGGCGGAGCUGACUGGCCAGUUGCCCCCUGAGUGCCCACUAGAGCCUGGUGAACGGCCCCAGUUGGUUCGCCGGCGGCCCCCUGCAGCUCGAGCCUAUCCUCCACCACCCUCCAACCCAACACAUCAUUCCUUGUGCCCUGCUGAGGAGCUCGCUCUUGAGGCCUUGGAACGGGAGGUGUCAGUGCAACAGCAGAUUGCGGCAGCUGCCCGCCGCCUGGCCUUGGCCCCUGAGUUGAGUGUGGAGCAGCGCCGACGCCGGCGCCAGGUCCAGGCAGAUGCACUGCGGAGGCUGCACGAGCUGGAGGAGCAGCUUGGGGAUUUCCGGGCUCGCCUAGGCCUCCCAGUGCUCCCACUGUCCACAGGGGCAGUUAUCACCACCCAGGGUAUCUGCCUGGGCACACGCCUCGCUCAGCUUAGCCAAGAGGACGUAGUUCUGCACUCAGAGAGCAGCUCCCUCUCAGAGUCUGGGGCCAGCCAUGAUAAUGAGGAACCCCGUGGCUGCUUCCCUCUGACUGAGCGCCCCUCACCACCCAAGGCCUGGGACCAGCUGCGGGCAGUAUCUGGGGGCAGCCCUGAGCGACGAACUCCAUGGAAACCACCCCCGUCAGAUCUUUAUGGGGACCUGAAGAGCCGGCGCAACUCUGUGGCCAGCCCUACCAGUCCCACACGCUCACUGCCCAGGAGUGCCUCCAGUUUUGAGGGGCGAAGUGUGCCUGCCACUCCUGUUCUCACCCGGGGCGCUGGCCCCCAGCUCUGCAAACCUGAAGGCCUAUAUUCUCGCCAGUGGUCCGGCAGCCAGGACUCCCAGAUGGGCUUCCCCCGGGUGGACCCGGCUUCUGACCGUGCCUCCCUCUUCGCAGCUCGCACCCGCCGCAGCAACAGCUCUGAGGCCCUACUAGUGGACCGGGCAGCUGGCGGGGGAGCUGGCUCCCCACCUGCACCUCUGGCUCCCCCUGCCACUGGUCCCCCAGUCUGCAAGAGCAGUGAGGUGCUGUAUGAGCGCCCCCAACCAACCCCUGCCUUCUCCUCCCGAACAGCUGGCCCCCCAGACCCUCCCCGGGCUGCCCGGCCAAGCUCAGCUGCCCCUGCCUCCCGUGGGGCUCCCAGGCUCCCACCUAUGUGUGGAGACUUCCUCUUGGACUAUUCCCUGGACCGAGGCCUGCCCCGAGGUAUCGGUGGGUCAGGCUGGGGGGAGCUGCUGCCUGCAGCUGAGGUCCCAGGACCCCUCUCCCGCCGGGAUGGGCUCCUUGCCAUGGUCCCAGGCCCACCAUCUGUGUAUGCAGCUGACGGCAGCAGCCCCCUCCUCCGUAGCAAGGACUCCCACACCCGUGCCACCCGCACCAAGCCCUGUGGCCUCCCCUUGGAGGCUGCUGAGGGUCCAGAGGUGCAUCCAAACCCUCUGCUGUGGAUUCCCCCACCCACCCGUAUUGAGCGCAGCGGCCAUAAGAAUCUUGCCCUGGAGGGGCUUCGGGACUGGUACAUCCGGAACUCGGGACUGGCUGCGGGGCCCCAGCGCCGGCCUGUGCUCCCCCACAUGGUCUCACAACACCCGCCCUUCCUCCAUGCCCGCUGCUAUGAGGUGGGCCAGGCGCUGUAUGGGGCCCCCAGCCAGGCGCCCCUCCCGCACUCGAGGAGUUUCACGGCGCCCCCUGUCUCUGGCAGGUAUGGGGGGUGCUUUUACUGAUGGGUAGGGGUCCCUGAGGCAGAUGGCAAGGGUCUCCAGGCCAGGGGGCAGCUAGUCAUGAGAGCUGAUGGCUUGGACCAUGAGAGUUGUAGCUGCAGCCUUGGUACAGGGUCACUGGGCCCUUCCUGACCUACAUUAGUCCAUUGGGUCUCGGUAGAGGGGUUUCUUGGGCCCUGGUAGCAGCAGUUCUUUACUAAGCUAUGGAAGAAUUUUAAUAUUUUAACAACCAGUGCAUGUCAGCUGAAAAUGAGCCUUGGAACCGGGGUGCUGGGAGGAAGGGGCAUCAUGUGUCCUUGCCGUUUUCUUCCUCUUUUCACCAUACUCCAUGCUUGCAAGCCUCAAGGUGCUGUCUCCUGUGCCUGCCUCCACCUCUUUAACGAGCCUCUUUUCCUCUCUUUCUGUGUCUUGUUUGUCUUUUCCUCUCUUCUCUGUCUUCCCCUCCUGUCCUCUGUCUUGCUGCUG